GAACUUGUUCACACUUUUAACAACUCCCAAGCGAUAAAAGGCGAUUAAUUUCAACAAAAAUGUCUCUACUACCGUACUUGUUCGAUGAUUAUCCUCUGCGACGACCUUCAAGGCUUCUGGAUCAGCAUUUUGGACUGGGAUUGGCUCCGAGUGAUGUCCUGAUGAUGGCUUCGCCGAUCCUGAGUGAGGACUACUACCGACCCUGGCGAAGCUUGGUCGCCGCGACGAAGGACCUGGGAUCUAGCAUAAAGAACGACGCAGACAAAUUCGAAGUCAGCCUGGACGUUCAGCAGUUCUCUCCAGAGGAAAUUACGGUGAAAACAGCGGACGGUUACAUCGUUAUAGAGGGAAAACACGAGGAGAAGAAGGACCAACACGGCCUUGUUACGCGCCAUUUUGUCAGGAAGUAUGCUCUACCUGACAACACCAACUUUGAGUCGGUCGAGUCGAAGCUGUCUUCGGACGGAGUGUUGACGAUAACAGCUCCGAAGGUGGUCCCAGAUGCUAUCAAGGGCGAAAGGAAGGUGCCAAUCGCGUCAACUGGACCUGUCCGUAAGGAGAUAAAGGACCAAAGGGAAGGCACAGACAAACAAGUGAAGAGUAAAAUGUAAUUUUCUGUCAAAAUAGGUCAAAACUUAGUACUUCAAAAGUUCAAAACAGCGGGAUAUUUCGACAGAUUGGUAAAGUAUUUAAUUUGUCAUCUUUUCUACUGUGUUUUCGUAGGUUUCUAAUUUGGGAUAGUCCAUAUUUAGAAACCAAUAGAGGAAUACACUUAUUAUAUUAUAUUUUUUUAUUUUUGUCGAAAUAUUCUCGCUUGAUUUAAACUUUUGA